GGAAGCAAAACGGAGACUGAAUUGAUGCAAAAUGGUCUGCAAUUGGUCGAAGCUUUGGGGUACCCAGGAGAAAGACCGUAUCGCACAGCAGCAUCAUUGUAAGAAUGGUCCGAAAACCGUCUGACAAUCCUGGAACAUGGCCCAGCGGAGGAUAUAGAAUAUCAUAUUCUUAGAACAUCAAAACAUGACAAAUGCCAUAAGCAUUUUGACGGUUCAUCUAUAAUAGGCUAUGAUUCAAAGGCAGGUGACACUGACCCAGAACUUGUACCAGAACAGGUUUCUCGGACUCAGACUUGCAGCCAUGGCCUCCCCGUGUCGUUCGUCCCAGAACCGUUGGCGCUGUAAGGACCACAUCCGCCACAGCUACAACCCCGAACAAUUCCGCAACGUUAAUUUCCAGAAUGGGGUGCCGGAGGACGUGGCGGCCAUGUACCGCUCCACCAGCGACACGGACCUGGUGACAUCACACAGCCGCUCCACGCUUACCGUCAGCACCUCGCACUACGCCAUCGGACAGACCCAGGACAUCCUCAUCUGCUGGGACAUCAAGGAGGAGGUGGACGCUGGGGACUGGAUCGGCAUGUACCUCAUUGAAGAGGUGUCGUCUGAGAACUUUCUAGACUACAAGAGCCGCGGAGUGAAUGGUUCCCACAAGGGCCAGAUAGUGUGGAAGAUUGAGGGCAACUCCUAUUUUGUGGAGCCGGAGACCAAGAUCUGUUUUAAAUACUACCAUGGUGUGAGUGGGGCCCUGCGAGCCACUACCCCCAGUUUGACUGUGAAGAACCCCUCAGUUCCGGUAUUUAAGCCCGUCACCAAUGAAGAAGUCCCCCAGAGCACAGGCAGUAGAAGACUCAUCAGCUUCUCCCUCUCAGAUUUCCAUGCCACAGGGCUGAAGAAGGGGAUGUUUUUCAACCCUGACCCCUACCUUAAGAUCGCCAUCCACCCCGGCAGGAACAGCAUCUUCCCGGCACUGCCACACCACGGCCAGGAGAAACGCUCAGGCAUCGUCUGUAACACCAUCAACCCCCACUGGCAGAGAGAACGCUUCAACUUUGUGUCUCUGCCCACGGACGUUCUGGAGAUCGAGGUAAAAGACAAGUUUGCCAAGAGUCGUCCUAUCAUCAAACGUUUCCUGGGCAAGCAGUCCAUGCCGGUGCAGAGGCUACUGGAGAAGCAUGCUAUUGGUGACCGUUUGGUCAGCUACACGCUGGGCCGAAGGGUGCCGACAGAACAUGUCAGUGGACAGCUGCAGUUCAGAUUUGAGAUCACUUCCUCUAUUCAUCCAGAUGAUGAAGACAUGUCUCUCAGCACAGAGCCUGAGUGUGCCGAUGUGCAGGAGACCAGUAACCAGGGGGAGGGCCAGUCCUCCCAGGCCCAGGGCCAGGCCGAGGACACCAUAAGCCUGGGUCCAGGGGCUCCCGAACUCCCCAUGGAUGAGGAGGAAGACGCUGGAGCUCCAGAACUUCCAAUUGGAGGAGAUACAGUUCCAGACACGCCCAUGGAGGGGCAUCCAGCAGGGCCUUUGGGUUCAGAGGAGCCCAUGGAUGGAGAUGGAGACUCAGGGCCUGGCUGUUCCAGAACCAAGGCGCUAAAAACAGAACCAAGUCAACCAGAGUUCAAUGGGGCUCAGGAAGAGGUGGCUGUGGCUGUAGCUGUGGCUGCAGAGAAGCUGCCCUCGGUAGAGGAUAACAGGGAGGAAGGGGGGCAGCAAACCCCCUCCAGUCCUCAGCUUGCUGACCCAGAGCAGGGGGUGGACAGUACACCAGCAGAGGGUCAGGUCAUCCCUGCUGUAUUGGAAGACAUGGAGAGUGGAGUGCCUGGGGAGCCAGCAGAACAGGUGGUGGGUCAGGAGGAAGGGGACGAGGAAUGCUGCUCCCUGCGCAUCAGGACCACCCCUAGGCGUAAGAACCGGCCCUGCUCCCUGCCCGUGUCGGAGCUGGAGACAGUCAUCGCCUCGGCCUGUGGGGAGCCUGAGACCCCUCGCUCCCACUACAUCCGCAUCCACCACCUCCUCCAUAGUCUGCCCUCUGCCCAGCCAGGCACCCAGGAGGACGGGGAGGGACAGCGGGCUGAGGCUGAAACAGAGCCCGAUCCAGACCCUGGCCCUGACCAGCUCAGCCCCAGGGUCCAGGAUGGCUCAGAAGAGGAUGAAACGGCAGAACCACUGACCCCCGGGCCCAGGAGGACGCUGCCUCGCAGCCUGUCCAUCGAGCGUCUGUCCGACCUGGCCCUGCUACUGGACAGCGAGGUCCGCCACCCCCAGGGCCAGGUCAGGGGUGACCAGAGAGUGUCCGACGAAGACGACAUGGAGCCCUGCUGCAGUGAUUCCUGCUAUGAGGGCAGAGGAGGAAGUUACAACCAGGCACCUCUAGUGGCUGUAGCCAGGAUGUCUGUGGAGAGCAGUGAUUUCCCCUCCCAGGAGGAUGAGGACAUGGAGGGUAACGGAGUGGAGAGCAGUGAUUUCCCCUCCCAGGAGGAUGAGGACAUGGAGGUGAACGGAGCGGAGAGCAGGGAGCCAGGAGAUGGGAUGCCCCAGUGGCAGGUGGCCCUAUCCACACAGGUCCAGAGCCCCCAGAGCUUCAUAGAAAACGGAGAGUCUCCCGUGGCCGGGCCCAGUGGGAAGAUAGGACGAGAUUGUACUCUACCGUCCAGUCAUCCUCCAGUCAGCCAGCUUCCUGCUCUGCGUCAUGAUCCUCAUCAUUACCCCACUAUAGAUGAACCACUACCACCAAACUGGGAAGCGCGUGUGGACAGCCACGGUCGUGUGUUCUACGUGGAUCACAUCAACAGGACCACCACGUGGCAGAGACCCACCUCGGCAGCCACGCCUGACGGCAUGAGGAGGUCAGGAUCCGUUCAGCAGAUGGAACAGCUCAAUAGAAGGUACCAGAGCAUCCAGAGGACCAUGGCCACAGACAGGAGUGAGAAUGAAGGAAGCAGAAGCAGGAGUGAGAGAACAAGCCUCAACAACAACAGCAGUGAGACAGACUCUCCUUCGAUGGCUAAUGAGCUGAGAAGAGACAGCUCCUCUUCCUCCUCCUCCUCAUCAUCAUCUCCAGUCAACAGUCAGAAGAUCACAGCUCUGUUACAGAGCCCAGCGGUGAAGUUCAUCACACACCCAGAGUUUUUCACUGUCCUCCAUGCCAACUAUGGAGCCUACCGCAUGUUCACCAGCAGCACGUGCCUGAAGCACAUGAUCCUGAAGAUUCGUAGAGACGCUCGUAACCUUGAGAGGUACCAGCACAACAGAGACCUGGUCACCUUCCUCAACCGCUUCUCUGACGCCCAGUUUGAACUGCCCCGGGGCUGGGAGAUCAAGACUGACCCUCAGGGCAAGAACUUCUUUGUGGACCACAACAGCCGAGCGACCACGUUCAUCGACCCGAGAAUCCCUCUUCAGAACGGUUGUCUGCCCAACCACCUGACCCACAGGCAGCACCUACAGAGAUUACGCAGCUACAGUGCUGGAGAGGCCUCGGAGGUGUCCCGUAGUCGAGGUGCAGCCUUGUUAUCACGGCCUGGGAACAGUGUGGUGGCCGCGAUGCGGAGCCAGCAUCAUCCUGAUCCAGUGCCACAAGCUUAUAAUGAGAAGAUCGUGGCCUUCCUCCGUCAGCCUGGAAUACUAGAAGUUCUUACGGAGCGCCAGCCAGCCCUGUCCAGGAACCAUUCCCUGAGGGAAAAGAUCCACUACAUCAGAACAGAGGGCACCCAAAGACUGGAGAAACUAGCAUGUGAUGCAGACCUGGUGAUACUGUUGAGCUUGUUUGAAGAGGAGAUCAUGUCCUAUGUUCAGCCCUCCUUCCAUCCUGGCUUCAGCUUCUCUCCGCGUUGUUCACCAGGGUCUUCACCACAGAACUCUCCAGGAAUGUCGAGAGCGAGAGCGCCUGCCCCGUACCGGAGAGACUUUGAGGCCAAACUACGCAACUUCUACAGGAAACUGGAGGCUAAAGGCUAUGGCCAGGGCCCAGGAAAGAUCAAGCUUAUCGUCCGGAGAGACCACCUGUUGGAGGGUACCUUUAACCAGGUCAUGGCCUACUCACGCAAGGAACUACAGAGGAAUAAGCUCUACAUCACCUUCAUAGGAGAGGAGGGGCUGGACUACAGUGGGCCAUCCAGAGAGUUCUUCUUCCUGCUGUCUCAGGAGCUGUUCAACCCCUACUAUGGCCUGUUUGAGUACUCAGCCAACGACACAUACACCGUCCAGAUCAGCCCCAUGUCCGCCUUCGUAGAGAACCAUCUGGAAUGGUUCCGGUUUAGUGGGCGUAUUUUGGGACUGGUGUUGAUCCACCAGUAUCUCCUGGAUGCCUUCUUCACGCGGCCCUUCUACAAGGCUCUCCUCAGACUAGCCACUGACCUGAGUGAUCUGGAAUACCUAGACGAGGAGUUCCAUCAGAGUCUACAGUGGAUGAAAGACAAUGACAUCACAGACAUGCUGGACCUUACCUUCACUGUGAAUGAGGAAGUCUUCGGACAGGUAACAGAGAGAGAGCUGAAGUCUGGAGGGGCCAACAUUAAUGUGACAGAGAAGAAUAAGAAGGAGUACAUUGACCGCAUGGUGAAAUGGAGGGUGGAGAGAGGAGUGGUCAAACAGACAGAGGCACUGGUCAGGGGCUUCUAUGAGGUGGUGGAUUCCCGGCUGGUGUCAGUGUUUGAUGCCAGAGAGUUGGAGCUGGUCAUCGCUGGGACAGCUGAGAUAGAUCUCAAUGACUGGAGGAACAACACAGAGUAUAGAGGAGGCUACCAUGACAGCCACAUAGUGAUCCGGUGGUUCUGGGGGGCCGUGGAGCGCUUCAACAAUGAGCAGAGGCUGCGUCUGCUGCAGUUUGUGACUGGCACCUCCAGUGUUCCCUACGAGGGCUUCACUGCGCUACGGGGCAGUAACGGCCUGCGACGCUUCUGUAUCGAGAAGUGGGGCAAGAUUACUGCUCUUCCAAGGGCACACACAUGCUUCAACCGGCUGGAUCUCCCACCAUACCCCUCCUACACCAUGCUCUAUGAGAAACUGCUGAUCGCUGUGGAGGAAACCAGCACUUUUGGCCUUGAGUGAAGGAGAGAGAAGUUGUGCAUCCCAAAUUGCACCUUAUUCCCUAUAUAGUGCAUUACCUUUGACCAGGGACCAUAGAGCUCUGGUCAAAAGUACUGCAUUAUGAAGGGAAUAGGGUGCCAUUUGCGAAGCAAUCAAGAACUUAAAUAGGAUCCUGUGCCUCAGGACUGUGAACUCUACACAACACUCCCUUUAUACUGUACAUUUCAAUACAACAGCCAGAGGACUGUACAUUUCUCUUUUUUAACAAUCUUAUGUACAGUAUACAAGCAAAAGGAAAAGCCAAGCACCACCACAUGCAUUACUCACAUGUAACAAUGUACCUUUGUUUGCAUUAAGGCACCAAGCUGUGUGCAAUAGCUCUUAUUUGCUCAGCCUAUAACAGCACUCAGGGCCUUGACUCAACACAUCACACACGCCAAUGAAUAGUCUAGUCCCUCUCUCACAGUGCACCUUGCACCAACAGCCUCAGCAAACAUUGUCACAUCACCAACCACAACCAACAUUAUCACUAGAAGAAAUGCCUCAACUUGUAUUAUCAGAGGGAGAGAAAUGCCUCAAAUACCGUCACGUGAACCACUACAACCAACAUUAUCUCAUGACGUUGUGUUCUAACUUUGGCAAUGUAACGGUUUUCUUCUGGGGAAAGAGAGGCGGACCAAAGCGCAGCGUGGUUAUUUUGAUUCAUGUUUAAUAAAGAACUUCACAUGAACAAAC